CGGGGGCUGCGGCCUCUGCGGACCCUGCGGACCCUGGUGUACCUCCUGGCCACAGUGCCCGGCCGAGGCCACAAUACCCGGCUGCUGGAGAGCGGGAUCCACCCCAGGACGUCGGGUCGCUGCGGACAUAAUGUCAAGUGGAAAUGAUCAGCAGUCAGAGGCUCUUAGCAAACCCACCUUCAGUGAGGAACAGGCCUCUGCAUUGGCGGAGUCAGUGUUUGGGUUGAAAGUUUCCAAGGUCCAGCCACUUCCUAGCUAUGAUGACCAAAACUUUCAUGUCUAUGUUUCAAAAACCAAAGAUGGCCCAACUGAAUAUGUCCUCAAAAUAAGCAACACCAAGGCUAGCAAAAAUCCAGACCGGAUUGAAGUGCAGAAUCACAUCAUCAUGUUUCUGAAAGCAGCUGGAUUUCCAACAUCCUCUGUGUGUCGCACUAAAGGAGACAACACAGCUUCUCUCGUGUCUAUAGAUAGUGGCUCUGAAAUCAAAAGCUACUUGGUGAGGCUGCUGACUUACCUCCCAGGAAGACCCAUAGCUGAGAUUCCCAUCAGUCCCCAGCUAUUGUAUGAAAUUGGAAAGCUAGCUGCCAAAUUGGAUAAGACACUGCAGAAAUUCCAUCACCCAAAGUUAAGUAGUCUUCAUCGGAAGAACUUCAUCUGGAAUCUGAAAAAUGUUCCUCUUCUGGAGAAAUACCUGUAUGUCCUGGGCCAGAAUCGAAACCGAGAGAUUGUCGAGCAUGUCAUUCAUCUAUUCAAGGAGGAAGUAAUGACCAAGUUAAGUCAUUUUCGAGAAUGUAUCAAUCAUGGAGAUCUUAAUGACCAUAAUAUUUUAAUAGAGUCCAGCAAGUCAGCCUCUGGAAAUGCUGAAUAUCAAGUGUCUGGGAUUUUAGACUUUGAUGACAUGAGCUAUGGCUACUAUGUGUUUGAACUGGCAAUUACCAUCAUGUACAUGAUGAUUGAAAGCAAAAAUCCUAUACAAGUAGGAGGCCAUGUCCUUGCAGGGUUUGAAAGCAUCACCCCACUGACAGCUGUAGAGAAGGGUGCUUUGUUUUUACUUGUAUGCAGUCGUUUUUGCCAGUCACUUGUCAUGGCUGCAUACUCUUGCCAGCUAUACCCAGAGAACAAAGAUUAUUUCAUGGUUACUGCAAAAACCGGGUGGAAACACUUACAGCAAAUGUUUGACAUGGGUCAGAAAGCUGUAGAAGAAAUCUGGUUUGAAACUGCCAAAUCCUAUGAAUCUGGGAUCUCCAUGUGACUGAGAUCUCCAUGUGAUUUUAACGUGGGUAAUUAAAAUAGGGCCCAAUCAAAUUUUAGGAAGGAUUUUCCUGUAUAGUUAAAAAUCAAUUGAUGGAAUGGAUCAAUUCUGAAUAUGACAGAGCACAUGAAAUCCCUAAGGUCUUCAAGCAAUCUCAUGACAAUUUUUUAAAAUUCACAAAAGUACCACGAGCAAGCAUAUUUUUCUGUGAGUCUCACUUGCCAUGUCUAUAAACACAUAUGAUACCAUUUUGAAUCAGAUAAUCUCACAAGAUCUAUUCCAGUCCUGAGAUUAAUGACUGUUUUUAAUUUUUAAAAUAAUAUAUACAUACAGAUAUAUUGACAUAUUUUAAAUAUCUGGACAUAACAUACUGACCUAGAUAACAUACUAGCAGUUCUAUGAAACCUCCUCUGAUCUGUCCUUUCUCUCAAAUCCCAGUGCACUGUGUCUUUUUCAUGGCCCAUCACUUUGCAUAAUGGAUCAUGGUUGUGCAGUCAUCUUGCCUGAGAGCUAUUGAGGGCAGAGACCAUGUAAAACUUAUUUUUGUCUUCUCAUCCCUUCUUAUCACACCUGCUAUUAUAGUACCUUUCCUACAGAGAGGUCUUUAAAAAUAUUUGAAAAUAAAUGUGUGCUAGAAGAAAGGAUGGAGAAGGCACACACUAAGAUGCUUUAGAAGAAAGCACAGACAGCAUUCUUUUUUUUUGAGACAGAGUCUCACACUAUUGCCCGGGCUGGAGUGCAAUGGCAAUUUCGGCACUGCAACCUCCACCUCCCAGGUUCAGGCAGUUCUCCUGCCUCAGCCUCCUGAGUAGGUGGGAUUACAGGCGCCCGCCACCACGCCAGGCUUAUUUUUUGUAUUUUUUUAGUAGAGACAGGGUUUCACUAUGUUGGCCAGGCUGGUCUUGAACUCCUGACCCUGUGAUCCACCCACCUCAGCCUCCCAAAGUGCUGGGAUUAUAGGCGUCAGCCACCAUGCCCGGCCACAGGCAGCAUUCUUGGAGAAAAAAUUUUAACUUGUCUGAGAGGGUGGUUGAAACUGGAACUCCAGAGACAGAUGCUGGAAGACCCUGGGAACUGCAAGGAAGCAAAUAAUGACAUCCAGGCAAGGCCACUAACCCCUCACCUACCCAAAUAUAAUGGUUCCUUUCAGACUGAUACCAGGAACCUCCUUAAGCAUAUAUAUUUUAAUUCUCUAUAAUUUCUUUUUGGAUGACUAUGAAGUAGAUUGGGUAGACUGAAUCUCACUGUAUACUUGGCUGAAGGUAUCCCACUGUGUUUCCUUCACUGGUUUCUCUUCAUGUCUCCUUUAGUAUGAUUUAGUAAAUGGCUGUUUACUAUUC